AUGACUCUUCCCGCGAUAAUCUUACAUGUAUCAUCUGGCAAACGAGAAUCACCAAUUGGUGGAACUCCAAAUGAUUUUAUUGAUCUUUAUAGCGAAGCUUGGAGUGAUAGAAUUCGAUAG